ACAGCUUGAUCUGUGGAGGCACAUGACCGGGCUGUUUACACCUGCAGUGUUCGGCGGUAUGACAGAGAAGACAGCUGCUUACAUACUUACUACAUCAGUGUUAAAGCGAAGAUAAUUUUGUGAAGUGGGCAGUCACAGAGGGUUGGCAAGUCGCUGUAGUCACCUCAAUCCCUGGAGGGUCUCUGCACCAUGGAAGACACAGAUGUGGAGCAGGUGACGCUAGCUUUAUUAGACGUUGCGAAUGACAAAGACACAGGGGUCCAGGAGCAGGUCAGGAAGUCUGUGCUUACCCUGGGGAAGAAGCAGCCAGAGCGUGUCUUAGCCAUGUGCCAAGACUACCUGCUUAAACACCCCAAGCUUAUAGUGAGCCACAGAGUUGUGAUUCUUCGAACAAUUGAACUUAUAGUUGACAGCAAAAUAGAGGACAUCAGUUCCAAUAAAAUCAAAAGCAUCAUCUCACUUGCAUCUGAUGAAAUGACACGUUCAAAGGAUGUCAUCCCUGAUUGGCAACAAGCAGCAAGUAAUAUCUUGGUUGCUGUGGGUAACAAGCACAUAAAUGACAUCAUGGAGGAGAUUUUGAGCAAGUUUCAGCCUGGAGUCCUCCCCCACUUCUUUGUUGUUCAGACAUUGGCCAAUCUGUCAGACUCUAAUGUUUUUGGUAUGGUGCCUUUCUUGAAUGCUAUAUUAGGCACAAUGCUGCCCAUGCUCAACAUGGCCAAACAGGACAACAUGAAGUGGGUCUUUUCUUCUGCUCUCCGUCAUUUCAGUGACAGCAUCCUGGAAUAUCUGGCAAACCUUGAUAAAGCUCCAGAUCCCACGGUUAGAAAAGACACCUUCUCCAGUGAAAUUUGUGCUGCUUUUGACAUACUUUUCCAAAACUGGUUACAAAGCAGAGAGCCUAAGUUGAGGCUUACUGUGGCUGAGGCAUUGGGGUCUAUGUGUCACCUAAUGGCAAGUGACAAACUGGAGGAACACAUUCCAAAACUGAUUCCGUCAAUUUUGUCUUUGUAUAAAAAACACAACAAUGAGCAUUAUAUUAUAAGCAAGAGCUUGUGCCAAGUGCUUGAUGCCUCUGUCAAUAUGGGCAGCCGAGUGUUGGAGGCACAGCUGGACAGUUUACUCUUUGCUCUUCAUCAUCAGGUGUCUGUCUCAGUGGAUUACAGUAACCCACCAACUGUAAAGAACCACAAUGAGGUCCUUCGCUGCUUCAGUUUGCUUGCUAACACAUUUCCAGACCGGUUGAUUAUGUUUGUACUUCAGAGGUUGGAAAACACCAAUGAAAGAAGUAGACUGGGCUCUUUGGCAGUGCUUCGCCACCUGAUCAACUCUAGUACUUCCACAAUGGAGACAAAAAAGCUCCUGAUAUUAGCCAGCAUUAGACAGCCAAUGGCUGACCACAGCAAUAAGGUGAAAAAGCGAGUGGUACAGGUCAUUAGUGCCAUGGCCCAUCAUGGUUACCUCGAGUUGGAAGGAGGAGAGUUACUGGUUCGGUUCAUUGUUCAAAACUGUGCUCUACCUGACACGUACCAACGUGGACAAAGAACCACAGAUCCAGAAGAGGUGACAAAUGAGGCCCUUAGAUCAAUGUGUGACAACACUCUCCAUUUGCUCACUACCACUGUUGGACAACUAGCAGAUGUUCUUUGGCCAAAACUUUUGUAUUUCCUGACUCCCCCACAGUACAGCAGUGCCACCACUCCUCUAUGUAAAAGUUUAACAGUGCUUGGAAAUAAGAAGAAACUUAACCAGGAGAGCAGUUUCCACAUAGACUUCACACAAGAAGUUAAUUUACCCACCCCUCAAACACUAUUCAUAAGGCUUCUGGUGAAUGCAGAUUUUCCAUUUAAUAGCAGAGACCAUGGCGCUCCUUCACUGUCUUUGCUUCAAGUUCUCAGCACCAACAUCCACCCAAAGAUAGACACACUAUGGGACAAUGAGAUACCGCCAUUAUUGGCAGUUUUAGAGGAUUCCACAGUUGAAAGUCUUGACAAGAAAAAUUGGGAUGAUAAAUUGUUAAAGUUCUUGUCCAAAACACUAGCUACUAUUGAAGAUGACAGGUGGGCCUGUCAGUUGGCAUCUGAAGCAACUCGGUACCUUUCCACAUAUAAUAAUGCCUUAGAGGAAAAGAGCUUCCUUUAUCGGUGCAUAGGAGUGAUUCUCCAGCAUAGUUUCAAUAAAGAGCAAGUUAAAAAACAGCUGCAUGAAAUUCUCCUAUCAGCACACCACAGCGAUGCCACUGAGAGAGAGGGAGUUGCGAUGGGUGUUGGUUUGUGCGCAAACAGCCAUCUGGAGGGUACACUUGCAAAACUGGAGGAGUUUGGCAAAUCAGAAGCUUUUAAGAAGUCACCAAGUAUUUUCAACUUGCUAAAAGAGCGUAAUGAAGUUGAAGUGGAGAAAGUGAAGAGUACUUUAAUCCUGUGCUAUGGACAAGUGGCUCUGCACGCCCCUCCAGAAAAGAUCCUGAACCGCAUCGACCAGGACAUCCUCCGAAACAUCAAUAAACACUUCAAUACUAAGGUUCUGGGGAUAAAAGUAGAGACUAAGGACAUGACCAUGAAGCUGAGCUUGAUCCAGAGUGUUGGUUUUAUUGCCAAAGCCAUCAGUGAGUCUGUGAAGAAACAGGGCUAUGUUUUCACUCGCAAACAAGAACUGAUCACAACUAUGUUGGAUUUCAUAAAGGCUGAGGCAGCUGACUCUUUGAGAACCCCAGUGCGCCAUCUAGUGAUGACAACUUGUGCCAACCUGAUCGCUCUUGACCCUGCUCUGAGCGAGAAUGAGACUUUUGAUUUGCUGAAGGUUUGUGUGAACAGUGUGUUUUCAUUGCCACCUGAGACACACACACCUGAGAAAGUUAAAGAAGAGGAAACACUUGAUCCUAAACAAAAACAGACGCUUUACAAAGACACUUUAGCUGCACUUCAAGAUCUGCUUAGGAGUGUCUUGUCCAGGGAUCCCACUCCAGAUGGCCUGCAGAGUGUUUUUAAGCACAUUGAAUCCUGGAUAAGUUCAAGUCAGGAUCACGAGAGGGAGAGAGCCAUUUCCGUUAUAGCUAACAUACUAUCAUACUAUCUAGAUAGCCUCACAGUGAAGAAUAUGGUUGCUUUCCACAAUCUUGGAGCUCUUCUGGGGCGGCUAUCUCCACGUUGCUCCGAUCCUAUUCUCACUGUACGAACCGCUGCCAUUGACUGUCUAUAUACUCUGCUUUACAUACAAUUACGAUAUGAAGGAUUUGCCCUUGAUUAUAAGGAUGAAGGUGUGGACAGUUUGCUCCAAUUAAAAGAAAGUCUAGAAAACCCAGACCAUGCUGUCCUAUAUAAAACUUGUUCAGACAUCACCAAGGUUAUGAGUAAACGAUUGCCACAGCACCAGUUGACAACACUGAUUUUCAUGCUGUUUGAGGGACUAGUGGACAGCCAGGCAAACUGCUGCAGAGCCUCUUCUGUCAUCCUCAAUACUCUUCUCAAGAACAGAGGAGGCGGACUGCAAGAACUGGUCCCUGAGAUGCUUGAGGUGCUACAUGUACGAUUGCAGAACAUUACAGAAGACCAGGUCAGAGUCGCAGUGGGACAGACAGUAUUGAUCUUGGCUUCUCAGCAUCUACAAACUGUAAUCAACACACUAAUAAACCAGCCACUUCCAUAUGACAGUUGGACCAGUGAGAUGUGGAUGGCUUUGGGAUCAGAUGCUGUUGUAGCCAAACAAAUAAUGGAAAUGGUGAUGGAAAAACUGCUAAUUUUGGCUCCAUACGUUGACCGCAAAGAUGGAAUGAUCAGAGGAGGAACUACUAAAAUAGCCACAAAUCAGCCUCUUGCUAUGACAUGUGGACUGAAAGACCUAUUAUUAAAUGGCCAAAGUCAAGAGCCUGCUCUGAGCUUGUUCCCACAGCUUUUCUCAUCUCUCACUGUGAGAAUUGGGGCAAGUGUUGGUGUUGCUGCUCCUAAAGACAAUGCAAAACAAACUGGGACUGUCCAUGUAGCAGGGGUUGCAAGUGACGCACUGAGGAUCUUAUUAGCACGAGCCCAGAUGGAUGAAGUCAUGAAAAGACUAGAUGAAGAUAAGGCCUGGGAUGCAAUGAGAGAGCCUAAUUCACACAUAAGUGGAAUUACACUACUGGCCAGAGCUGUUGCUAAGCAUGCAGGUCCACGGUUACCAGCGAUUGUUGAAUGCUUGUGUCCAUCUCUAAGUAACAUCUAUGAAUGUCAGAGGAUUACUGUCACAGCUUUCUUUUCUGAGCUGUUAAACCAUCACGUGGUGACAGAACUGAUGCUGAUUGAUGUGUUAAUGAACAACAUGAUGGAGAGGAUAUCGGACCACUGCAGCACGGUCCGAAUGUUGGCUGUGAGGGGGUUGGGCAAUAUAGCGGUGGGGUCACCUGAAAAGGUGAAUAAAUAUGCAAAGGAGCUGCUGGCAGCUAUGAGCUCAGGCAUGGAGGAGAAGGAUGAUCCGGGGAAACUGAUAACUCUUGAGGCCAUGUCUGGUCUGUCAAAAGUUCUCCUUCAUCUUGAUAAGAAAAAUGUUCAUUUACUGGUGGUCUAUAUUUUUAUGAAGAUUAAACCAUUCUUGGAGAGUGAGAAUGAUGAGAUUCGCUGUGCGUCUAUACAUCUGAUGGGAAACCUGUCAAAGUUUGGAUCAGGAGAGCCAGUCUUCAAAGACCAGAUACAUAAUGUCCUAGUGAGCCUGCUACUGCACCUGGUUGAUCCAAACCCUGAAGUCGUUAAGGCCUGUAAGUAUGCAAUGCGUAUUUGUGCUCCUGUGGUGGGCUCGGAGCAGAUCACGUCCAUGUUUCAAAACCACCUUCAUGAAGACAAGAACCUGCACUACGGAGAGUUCAUCAAUGACCUCACUAAAUACCUGAUCCAGGACUUCUCAAGCAUGCUAAACUUCUAUCACAUCUCCGUGAUCCAGUUCUUCAAAAGUAACUGGCCUGAAGUCAGAGCUGGAGCCGCCAUGUUUAUUGGAUUUCUGCUUGGUAACCUACAAGAGGAGCAUCUCUCCCACCUCAACAUGGGCAUUAUCACUAAAGGUCUUGUGAUGCUGCUUCAAGAUCCAGAUCCCAUUGUGCGGGUUAAAGCUGCUGAGGCCAUGGGGCAUUUUCAGUGACUCAAAAUAAGUUGUAUGACAAUGUUUGAAAAUAACUGGAACUCAGAGAGAUGCAUUUGUUUGUACAUGACAUUAACUACACUGAUUCUUGUACAUACGGAGCCAUAGAGAGUAGUCAGCAGCAAACAUUUUACUUUAAUCUCUGGUACUUGAAUGCUUACGUUAACUUUAUUUUUGUGACCAAAGACUGUGUUUCUGUAGCAUUUAGGAGGGCAAUAAUCAGUGUUUUGUCAAUGUGCAAAUUGCAGAACACAUUUUAGAAGAAAAGUAUAGUACAUAUUCAUUAUUUUAUAACUUGAUAUGUGAAUAGAAAAGUCUAUAUUUAGUACAUGACAGUGUGUUGGAGGUAGUUAAAAUUUAAAUUAUGUAAAGGUGCACUAUGUAAAUUCUGGUUUAUGGUCUGCUACCUGCUUGUUUCCACAUAGAAGUCAUAACUUUUCCUAGAAUGUUUCCCAGUAUAGCAUUGAACCUAUUUAUCUCUAUGAAGACAAGCAAGUGACUAUGAGGCCAAGUCACAGGUUAGAUCUGUGGAGAGGUGAACUCACUGUAAGAAUGCAUAUAUAAUGCAUUCCAGGCAAAGAAAUGACAUCUCCUCGGACACAAGUAGAUGACUGAUCUCCAGCAGAAAAUUGAAUAGUAUCCUUUAAGUUACUGGUCCAUACCAGCAUUUGUAAUUAAUUGUGUGAAUUGUUGCUUAAUUGAGAGAUGUCUGCCUCAGCACAUUUUCACUUAAAUCAUCUACAAAACAAUGAACUGAAAUUUGUAAUGAGCCAAAAAUCAUUUGCUAUCUUGGAUGUCUCAAAAGUGGGGACGGCUCAGUUGCCAAAGUAAAUACAUUUUGGCCCGUCUGUAGUGCACAACUUGGCAGUAGUCCUGUAUGAAUCUGAACAAAAUGUAGCCUCACAAUUGGUGCCAUAGCUUCAUUAUCAUCCAAUUUUAACUGAAUAAUCCAAAGGAAUGCCUUUAUACACAGUUGUAAUCCAUGCUUGAAGAAAAUUGUCUUAUUUGUGUGUAUCUAUUUGGAACAUAUCAACAUUUAUUGAGCACUAUAAUGUAAGUUGUGUUCUUUUUCCUUUUGCACUUUCUCCGUGUUGUUAAAUAAUCCCUAAAGUUGAGGCCUGUAAAAUGUUAUUUUAAAGGCGAUAAAUCUCAAAUUAAAUCUCAUUAUAUGUAAUACCUGUCAUAUUCUGUACCUGAUGUGGACUUUUAAAGAGAAACCAAUGGCACUUUGCAAAACUAUAUGAUCCUAUUAUUGAAGUGUGCAUACUGCUUGAAACUGACGUAAAACUAUUGCAUUUUAAGAACCUGUUCUAUACUUUUUCCUGCUCUGUUUUAUGAAUGUCAUUUACAUCUUAAAAUGCAAGAGUCUAGGACAUACGGCACUAAGGUAUGGGUUUAGGUGGACCAUGGAAACAUAUGUAAAUGAUAAUAAAACCAUAUUGUU